AUGAAGAGGGAGAGACUUUACUUUAGUAUUCUACUACUAACUCUGUUCAUCUUCAAUGUCCCUUCUUUGUUAACAAGAGCUCAAAAACUUGACCCUUCUUCAAGUUCAUGUAAACGUACCUGUGGAGGAAUCUCGAUUCCUUUCCCGUUCGGUAUCGGACCGAAACAUUGUUACCUCAACGACUGGUACGAGGUUGAGUGUAACACCACCUCCACCACCUCCCUCCUCUCCAAGAUCAACAGAGAAUUACUGAAGAUCUCACUUCGAAACAACAUGGACAGUACCCAAGGCGUCGUUCACAUAAAGUUUCCGGUGACUUCCUCCGGCUGUUCUGAACGAGGAGACGAAAAGGCUCCUCCUCCUUUAAACCUCACCGGUAAAGCAAGCCCGUUUUUCAUCACCAACUCGAACCGUCUCGUCUCAGCAGGCUGCGACGCCACAGCAUUGGUCACCGAACUCGAUUCUCAACUCAUUGGAUGCAAAUCGAGCUGCAGUGACAGGAACAAGAGCGGCCGAGACGAGUUCUGCGAUGGUUACAGAUGUUGUCAGGCGAUGAUCACGGCGGAAAGACCCCAAGUGAUCGGCGUUGACUUAUCAGAAAGCUCCUCCGGUGGCAACAACACAACAAGUCAUUGCAAAGUCGCUUUCUUGACCAAGGAGAAUUACUCUCCCGCGAAUGUUAUCCAGCCGGAGCAAAUCUAUGGUAUUGGGUUUAGUGUGAUCGAGCUUGGAUGGUUCUUUGAUGCUUCGGAGGUUACUCAGCUAGCGAAGCCAGUGGGUUGUCUUAAUUUGACGGAUGAUUAUCAUGACACGAGGGAGUCGAGCUGUGUUUGCGAUUAUCGUUACGUGUCUGGGCUUGGUUACCGUAGCUGUUUCUGCAAUGAGGGUUACGAAGGGAGUCCGUAUCUUCCUGGUGGAUGUACUGACAUUGAUGAAUGUGAUGGAGAAAUAGGACAAAGUAGGUGUGGAGGAGAAACUUGUGUGAAUGUCCAUGGAUCGUACAGGUGUGUACCCAAGGAAACAGGGAAGAUCAAGCCUAUGAUUCUAGGUCUUGUUAUAGGUGUGGUAUUGUUGUUCUUGGUUCUUGGGAUAUGGGGAUUGAUCAAAUUCGUUAAGAAGAGAAGGGAGAUUAUCCGAAAGAGGGAGUUCUUUAAACGUAAUGGAGGUUUACUGUUGUUGAAACAACAACUAUCUACAGAAGAAGGAGGUAAUGCGGAGACAUCUAGGAUAUUCAGCUCUAAAGAGCUGGAGAAAGCCACCGAUAACUUCAACAAGAAUAGGGUUCUUGGACAGGGAGGCCAAGGCACUGUCUACAAAGGAAUGCUGGUAGAUGGACAAAUCGUCGCUGUGAAAAGAUCUAAAGUUUUGGACAAAGACAAAGUGGAGGAGUUCAUCAACGAGGUUCGUGUUCUCUCGCAGAUUAACCAUCGAAACAUCGUGAAACUCAUGGGGUGUUGUCUAGAGACAGAGGUCCCUAUCUUAGUUUAUGAGCAUAUUCCAAAUGGAGACCUAUUCAAGCGGCUGCAUAAUGAUUCUGAUGAUUACACCAUGACAUGGGAAGUGCGUUUGCGAAUCGCUGUGGAGAUUGCAGGAGCACUUGCUUACUUGCACUCGGCUGCAUCUAAUCCGGUCUAUCACAGAGAUGUCAAGACCACAAACAUACUUUUGGAUGAGAAGUAUCGAGCCAAAGUGUCGGAUUUUGGUACUUCGAGAUCUAUAAACAUAGAUCAAACACACUUGACAACUCAUGUUGCAGGUACUUUUGGAUACUUGGAUCCAGAGUACUUUCAAACUAGCCAGUUCACGGAUAAAAGUGAUGUUUAUAGUUUUGGAAUUGUUUUGGUUGAGCUUAUAACCGGAGAAAAGCCUUACUCUAUUGUGCGGCUUGAAGAAAACAGAGGGCUUGCAUCACAUUUCAUCGAGGCCAUGAAAGAGAACAGAGUUAUUGAUAUAGUUGAUUCUCGAAUCAAAGAAGAGUGCAAACCGGAACAAGUAUUGGCUAUAGCGAAGCUUGCCAGGAGGUGUUUAAGCCUAAAAGGGAAGAAGCGUCCAAGCAUGAGAGAGGUUUCCAUUGAGCUUGAGAGGAUCCGUUCAUCACCUGAAGAUUUAGAGGUAACUAUCGAAGAGGAGGAAGAAGAAGAAGAAGAAGAAAUGCCAAUAGAAAUUAACAUAGACGAUCCUUGGAGCAUGGACAUGACUGCUCCUACAUCUCUCUUUGAUUCAUCGCCUAAGUUAGAUGUUAGACCAUUGGUUCCUCAACGAACAUGGUCUUGAUGGAAUCUAGCAAGGUUGCUGGUGCUCCAAAAUGUUGUUUAAUUUUGUGACAACAAGGAUUCAGUGUUCCACUC